AUGGCAGCCAUGCUCCUGACAGCCAGACCCAAGGUGCCAGUAUCUUUUGAGGAUGUUGCCGUGUACUUCACCAAGACAGAAUGGAAGCUUCUGGAUCACAGACAAAGGAAGCUGUACAAGCAAGUGAUGCUAGAGAAUUACCACCAUUUGGUGUCACUGGGAUUUUCUUUCGCCAAGCCUCAGCUGGUCAUCCAACUAGAGCAAGGAGAGAAACCGUGGGUAGCAGAUGCCCACAGGAUGAGGAUCACCACAGGGAUGCAGGCAGAGAGGCGGUUUGUGUGUCAGCAGUGUGGGAAAUCCUUUACCCGGAACUCCAACCUCGUCAAGCACCGAGUCAUCCAUAGUGGCGAGAAGCCCUUUAAGUGUGGUGAGUGUGGAAAACUCUUUCGGCGCAACUUCUCACUCCUAGAGCACCAGCGCAUCCACAGCGGUGAGAAGCCCUAUGCAUGUGGCGAGUGUGGAAAGACUUUCACACGUGGCUCCAACCUCAUCAAGCACCAGAUCAUCCACACUGGCGAGAAGCCCUAUGGGUGUGAUCAAUGUGGGAAACGCUUUGGGCGCAACUUCACACUCAUGGAGCACCAGCGCAUCCACAGCGGUGAGCGGCCCUACUCCUGUGAUGUGUGCGGCAAGGCCUUCAGCAGGAGCUCCAACCUCACUGAGCACCAACGCACACACAGCAGUGAGAAGCCCUACACGUGCAGCCAGUGCCCAAAAGCCUUCAAGGGCAUCUCCCAGCUCAUUCACCACCAGCGUGUCCACCGGGGAGAGAAGCCAUUCGUGUGCAAGGAGUGCGGAAAGGCCUUCCGGGGGUGCUCAGGCCUCAGCCAGCACCACCAGGUGCACACCGGUGAGAAGCCCUAUGAGUGCAGUGAGUGUGGGAAGACCUUCAGCCGGCGAUUCAACCUCUUCAACCACCAGAUAGUGCACACUGAAAAGAGAACCUACACGUGUCAAGAGUGUGGGAUGGCGUUCCGCCACUGCUGUGCCUUCCUGCAGCACUGGCGCACCCACAGCCGCCCACAGCCCUGUGCCUGCGGCCACUGUGAUGACUGCAAUCAGGCCUCCAAGGAGAAACCACAGCCUGACCAGCAGCCGAGAAUUCACCAGAACCGCUUGGAGGGGAACAACUCAGAGAUGGAACUGGCCUGCCUGGGCCUCCAAAGAGCCACUGCAGAGUCCCACCCAGAGAAUGAGAAUCACCUUCAAGACUCCAGCUGUGCCACUGCCCCCAGCACCACCAUCUGA